UUUAGGACGCGAGAGGAGAAUCGCAGCAGCAGCAGCGGCCGAGCUGCGGAGGAUAUUAACGGGACGGGAACUUCAGGGAAACGAUCCCAUCAGAUUAUUUGGAGAUUACAAAUUUCUGUGAACUCUAAACAAAGGAUGUAUUUCUUCUGAAAAAAAGACAAACCUGCUUUUAAACGCUGGGAACUUUUCCACAGAAAUGGAAGGGAAUGCCCAAUGGAUUAUUUUCUCCUUUUUAUUAUGUUUGCAUGCUGGUGAAGGGUUUCACUGUGCGGAUAAGAACAGACCUUGUGAAAAUGGAGGGACAUGCAUAGAUUCACCUUCUCGAUGCAUAUGUCGCCCCGGAUUUAUUGGUCCCCUCUGUCAGCACCUGGAUCCCUGUCAUCGAUCACCAUGUCUGAAUGGUGCAGCGUGCAGAAGCCAGGUGGUUAAUGGUCUCCCGCAGUACACAUGUGUGUGCCAGAGAGGGUUCAGAGGCCAAGACUGCUCCCUCAUCGACGCAUGUGCCACAAGUCCCUGUGCCAACGGGGCUCGCUGUGCCAAUUGGAAUAACCACUACAACUGCUCGUGUCCACCUGGCUAUCAGGGAAAAAACUGCCGCAAUGACAUUGACGAGUGUCGCAAGCCUGGCUCGUGUCUCAACGGUGGCCUCUGCAUUAAUGCUCAUGGGUCUUUCCGGUGCCAGUGCCAGCAAGGAUACAGUGGACGUACAUGUGAGGUGUCCACCUUACCCUGUGCCCCAUCUCAGUGCCUUAAUGGAGGGACCUGUCGCCAGACAAGUGACCAUUCCUAUGAGUGUGCUUGUCUAGCAGGGUUUGAGGGACACAACUGUGAGAAUAAUGUGGAUGACUGUCCAGGUCACAAGUGCAUGAAUGGAGGAAUAUGUGUAGACGGUGUCAAUACCUACAACUGCCAAUGUCCACCUGAAUGGACAGGACAAUACUGUGCUGAAGAUGUCAAUGAGUGUCUCAUGCAACCCAAUGCCUGCCAUAACGGUGGUACUUGCUUCAACACCAUUGGGGGCCAUACUUGUGUUUGUGUUAAUGGCUGGACUGGAGAUGACUGCAGCGAGAACAUUGAUGACUGUGCAACAGCUAUUUGCUUCAACGGCGCCACCUGCCACGACCGUGUAGCAUCCUUUUUUUGCGAGUGCCCGGUUGGGAAAACCGGUCUGCUGUGUCAYCUUGAUGAUGCAUGUGUGAGUAAUCCAUGCAACGAGGGUGCAGUAUGUGACACCAACCCUCUUAAUGGCCGCGCCAUUUGUACCUGUCCUGCUGGUUUUGUGGGAGGUGCCUGCAAUCAGGACAUGGAUGAAUGUUCGAUUGGACUGGGUUAUUCAUGUUUGAAUUUCUAUCUUCCAGGCUACAUGGGGACUUUCUGUGAGAAUGACAUAGAUGACUGUGAAAGCAACCCAUGUGUGAAUGAUGGAAUCUGUCGGGACAUGGUCAAUGGCUUCACGUGCACCUGUCAGCCAGGCUUUACUGGCUCCAUGUGUCAAAUCGACAUAGAUGAGUGUGCUAGCACGCCUUGCCAGAAUGGAGCAAAAUGCUACGACCGGCCCAAUGGGUUUGAAUGCCGCUGUGCUGAAGGUUAUGAAGGGAGGCUCUGCGAGAGUAACAUCAACAACUGUCAGCCUGACCCAUGCCACCAUGGUACUUGCAUAGACGGCAUUGCUAGCUACACGUGUAACUGUUAUCCAGGAUACACAGGCUAUCGCUGUGAGAAUCAGCUGAACGAGUGCCACAGUAACCCCUGUCAGAAUGGGGGCAAGUGUUUGGACCAGGUCAACAAGUACAUUUGUCACUGCCAGCAUGGAACUUCAGGCACAAACUGCGAGAUUAAUUUUGAUGAUUGUGCCAGUAACCCAUGUGAUUAUGGCAUCUGCAAAGAUGGCAUCAACCGCUAUGACUGUGUUUGCAAACCUGGCUUUACGGGUCCCAAAUGUAACGUGGAAAUAGACGAGUGUGCGUCUAGCCCCUGUAGAAAUGGGGGAACAUGUGUUGAUGAAGAGAAUGGGUUUCACUGCCAGUGUCCUGAAGGUUUCAAGCCCCCUUACUGUUACUCCCAGGUGGAUGAGUGUGGCAGCAGCCCUUGUGUCCAUGGCUCCUGCAGAGAUGACAUCAAUGGUUACCGCUGUGACUGUGAACCUGGAUGGGUAGGGAAGAACUGUGACCUGGACAGGAACGACUGUUUGCCAAGUCCUUGUCAGAACGCUGGGACAUGCAUCGACCAGCUCAACGGUUUCAUCUGCAAGUGUCGCCAAGGCUUCAAAGGUAGCCUCUGCCAGGUGAACAUCAAUGAAUGUGCGUCUAGCCCCUGUCUGAACAAGGGCACUUGUGUGGAUGGGGUGGCAAGUUUUACCUGUCUGUGUGAGCUUCCAUAUAGUGGACCCACAUGUUCUGAGGUCCUCACACCUUGCUCCCCCAACCCUUGUGCCAAUCAUGCAGUCUGCACCCACACCCCGGACUAUCUGGGCUAUCAGUGUAACUGUCAGCCAGGGUGGCAAGGUUACUACAUACUUAAUGUGUGUCUGUGUGUGUGUGUGAAUGUAUGCGAUUUGGGUAGAUGUCGCCCCGGAUUUAUUGGUCCCCUCUGUCAGCACCUGGAUCCCUGUCAUCGAUCACCAUGUCUGAAUGGUGCAGCGUGCAGAAGCCAGGUGGUUAAUGGUCUCCCGCAGUACACAUGUGUGUGCCAGAGAGGGUUCAGAGGCCAAGACUGCUCCCUCAUCGACGCAUGUGCCACAAGUCCCUGUGCCAACGGGGCUCGCUGUGCCAAUUGGAAUAACCACUACAACUGCUCGUGUCCACCUGGCUAUCAGGGAAAAAACUGCCGCAAUGACAUUGACGAGUGUCGCAAGCCUGGCUCGUGUCUCAACGGUGGCCUCUGCAUUAAUGCUCAUGGGUCUUUCCGGUGCCAGUGCCAGCAAGGAUACAGUGGACGUACAUGUGAGGUGUCCACCUUACCCUGUGCCCCAUCUCAGUGCCUUAAUGGAGGGACCUGUCGCCAGACAAGUGACCAUUCCUAUGAGUGUGCUUGUCUAGCAGGGUUUGAGGGACACAACUGUGAGAAUAAUGUGGAUGACUGUCCAGGUCACAAGUGCAUGAAUGGAGGAAUAUGUGUAGACGGUGUCAAUACCUACAACUGCCAAUGUCCACCUGAAUGGACAGGACAAUACUGUGCUGAAGAUGUCAAUGAGUGUCUCAUGCAACCCAAUGCCUGCCAUAACGGUGGUACUUGCUUCAACACCAUUGGGGGCCAUACUUGUGUUUGUGUUAAUGGCUGGACUGGAGAUGACUGCAGCGAGAACAUUGAUGACUGUGCAACAGCUAUUUGCUUCAACGGCGCCACCUGCCACGACCGUGUAGCAUCCUUUUUUUGCGAGUGCCCGGUUGGGAAAACCGGUCUGCUGUGUCACCUUGAUGAUGCAUGUGUGAGUAAUCCAUGCAACGAGGGUGCAGUAUGUGACACCAACCCUCUUAAUGGCCGCGCCAUUUGUACCUGUCCUGCUGGUUUUGUGGGAGGUGCCUGCAAUCAGGACAUGGAUGAAUGUUCGAUUGGUGCAAACCCAUGUGAGCAUUUUGGGAAAUGUGUGAAUACUGAGGGCUCUUUCCAGUGCCAGUGUGGUCGGGGUUAUACUGGACCACGCUGUGAGAUUGACAUCAAUGAAUGCCUUUCAAUGCCCUGCCAGAAUGAUGCAACUUGCUUGGACCGUAUUGGAGAGUUCACCUGCAUCUGCAUGCCAGGCUACAUGGGGACUUUCUGUGAGAAUGACAUAGAUGACUGUGAAAGCAACCCAUGUGUGAAUGAUGGAAUCUGUCGGGACAUGGUCAAUGGCUUCACGUGCACCUGUCAGCCAGGCUUUACUGGCUCCAUGUGUCAAAUCGACAUAGAUGAGUGUGCUAGCACGCCUUGCCAGAAUGGAGCAAAAUGCUACGACCGGCCCAAUGGGUUUGAAUGCCGCUGUGCUGAAGGUUAUGAAGGGAGGCUCUGCGAGAGUAACAUCAACAACUGUCAGCCUGACCCAUGCCACCAUGGUACUUGCAUAGACGGCAUUGCUAGCUACACGUGUAACUGUUAUCCAGGAUACACAGGCUAUCGCUGUGAGAAUCAGCUGAACGAGUGCCACAGUAACCCCUGUCAGAAUGGGGGCAAGUGUUUGGACCAGGUCAACAAGUACAUUUGUCACUGCCAGCAUGGAACUUCAGGCACAAACUGCGAGAUUAAUUUUGAUGAUUGUGCCAGUAACCCAUGUGAUUAUGGCAUCUGCAAAGAUGGCAUCAACCGCUAUGACUGUGUUUGCAAACCUGGCUUUACGGGUCCCAAAUGUAACGUGGAAAUAGACGAGUGUGCGUCUAGCCCCUGUAGAAAUGGGGGAACAUGUGUUGAUGAAGAGAAUGGGUUUCACUGCCAGUGUCCUGAAGGUUUCAAGCCCCCUUACUGUUACUCCCAGGUGGAUGAGUGUGGCAGCAGCCCUUGUGUCCAUGGCUCCUGCAGAGAUGACAUCAAUGGUUACCGCUGUGACUGUGAACCUGGAUGGGUAGGGAAGAACUGUGACCUGGACAGGAACGACUGUUUGCCAAGUCCUUGUCAGAACGCUGGGACAUGCAUCGACCAGCUCAACGGUUUCAUCUGCAAGUGUCGCCAAGGCUUCAAAGGUAGCCUCUGCCAGGUGAACAUCAAUGAAUGUGCGUCUAGCCCCUGUCUGAACAAGGGCACUUGUGUGGAUGGGGUGGCAAGUUUUACCUGUCUGUGUGAGCUUCCAUAUAGUGGACCCACAUGUUCUGAGGUCCUCACACCUUGCUCCCCCAACCCUUGUGCCAAUCAUGCAGUCUGCACCCACACCCCGGACUAUCUGGGCUAUCAGUGUAACUGUCAGCCAGGGUGGCAAGGUCAGCUGUGUAACAUAGAUGUGAAUGAGUGCCUGUUGAACCCCUGCAAAAACCGUGGGACCUGUACUAACACACUUGGAGGCUUCAAGUGCUCUUGCAGAGCAGGGUUCACUGGGCUAACCUGUGAAACAGACAUCAAUGACUGUGUUCCAAAUCCAUGCCUAGGUGGAGGUUCUUGCACCGAUGGAGUGAACUCAUUCCACUGUAGCUGCUUGCCAGGGUUUACAGGCCCCCGCUGUGCUCAGGAGAUCAAUGAAUGCCAGAGUUCCCCCUGCAAAAACAAAGGCACCUGUACAGACUAUGUUAACUCUUACACUUGCACCUGUCCGCCUGGCUUCACUGGCAUCCACUGUGAAAUCAACAUCCCUGAUUGCACUGAAAGCUCCUGCUUCAAUGGAGGGUCGUGCACRGAUAAAAUCAACGGCUAUUCUUGUACAUGUCGCUCAGGUUUCACUGGGUCCCACUGCCAAUAUGAAAUCAAUGAGUGUAACUCGCAGCCUUGUCUCAACGGUGGCGUUUGUCAGGAUGCCCUGGAGUCCUUCCGCUGCUCUUGCCCUAAAGGCUAUACCGGCAACCGAUGCCAGACACCAGUUGAUUUGUGCAGACGCUCUUCUCCAUGCCAAAAUGGAGGGCGCUGUCGCCAAAAGGAUUCUUCUUUUACCUGUGAAUGUUCACCUGCUUGGUCUGGUCGGUAUUGUGACAUCCCAAGGGUCUCAUGUGAGAUAGCUGCUCGCCAGCAAGGGAUCCAAACAGACAAACUGUGUCACCACGGUGGUCAUUGUGUCAACACUGGAAAUACCCACUUUUGCAAAUGUCCUGCUGACUAUACUGGAAGCUACUGUAAAGAUCAAGUGGACCAAUGUGAAGACAAACCUUGUCGCAAUGGCGCCACCUGCAGGUCAUAUGUUGGAGGCUACCAGUGUGAUUGCAUGCCAGGCUACACAGGACAGAACUGUGAGAUAGAGAUCAACGAGUGUCAGUCUCACCCAUGCCAGAAUGGAGGAACUUGCAUCGAUCUGGUGGGACAUUAUAUCUGCUCGUGUCCACCCGGCACAUUGGGUGUUCUCUGUGAGAUCAAUGAAGAUGACUGCGCUCCAUCGYCGAGGCUGCAUGGCGCUCCACCAAAAUGCCUGAACAAUGGAACCUGUGUGGACAGAGUGGGUGGUUAUCGCUGCAAUUGCCCCCCUGGUUUCACAGGAGAAAGAUGUGAGGGAGACAUAAACGAGUGUCACUCCAAUCCCUGUAAUCCCUCCAACAGUUUUGACUGCAUCCAAUUGCCCAAUGAUUAUCUGUGCGUCUGCAAACCUGGGUUUACAGGUCGAAGGUGUCAGAACAGGUUCAGUGUCUGUGAGUCUCAGCCUUGCCAGAAUGGAGGAGCUUGUUCAGUGACCAGCUCUUCCCUAGGGUACACCUGUACAUGUCAACUUGGUUAUACUGGUCCAAAUUGUGAAAGAAGCAUGUCAUGUCGUGAGUUGCCCUGCUACAAUGGAGGGAGUUGUGCCAUUACGCCACGAGGUGCACGCUGCAGCUGUUUGCCUGGUUAUGGUGGGCCCCAGUGUCAGCAUCGCAGUAAUGAUGGGUGUUCCUCCCAGCCAUGCCGGAAUGGGGGGUUAUGCACUGAAGAGACCAGCUUCCCAUACUUUCACUGCCAGUGUUCAAGUGGGUGGACAGGGAAAAGGUGUGAACAAAGCAAGCUGGAGCUCCCGGUGCCCUCCUGUCUUCUGGCGGACUGUAAUGGAAAAGCCAAUGAUGGUGUUUGUGAUAAGGAAUGCAACACAGUUGCUUGUCGUUGGGAUGGUGGCGACUGCUCUUUGGCAAUGAACCCCUGGGCUCACUGUACAGACCCCCGCUGCUGGCGUGUUUUCAACAACAGCCAGUGCGACGAGUCCUGCAACAACGCCGACUGUCUGUACGACAACUUUGACUGCCGAACCAAGGAGAAAGUUUGCAAUCCAAUAUAUGAGACCUACUGCAUCGAUCACUUUGCUGACGGGAUGUGUGACCCUGGCUGCAACACAGAAGAGUGCGGCUGGGAUGGCUUGGACUGUGCACGGAAGGUUCCAGAAGAACUUGCUGACGGCGUCUUAGUUUUGAUAGUGCUUUUGCCCCCAGAUGAGCUUCUUCGCACAAGAACAGCAUUUCUGCAGAAAUUAAGUGCAAUCUUGCGCACUUCUGUACGCUUCAGGAGAGACGAGAACGGRGAUGAAAUGAUUCAUCCCUACACCCGUCGAGAAGCGCGUCUCAAGAGAGAGCUAGAGCCUCAACAGGAGGUUGUCGGCUCCAAAGUCUAUCUGGAGAUAGACAACCGUUUGUGUUCACAUGGUCCAGAAGACUGUUUCCCUACAGCUAACAGUGCUGCAGAGUACCUGGGAGCCCUGUCUGCAACAGAUAUGCUGAACUUUCCAUAUCCCCUCCAAGAAGUCAAAGGUCAAAAAAUCACUCCGGUCGAUGUUGAAGAUGGUGAUAUACCACAGUGGUGCAAGCUGGUUCUGGCAGGGAUAGGUUCCUUUUUAAUUCUGGUCAUUUUUUUGAUGGGCAUGCUGAUUUCUCGCAGAAAGCGGGAGCACAGCACUCUCUGGUUCCCUGAAGGCUUCUUUCUCAAGAAAGAGCCCAGCAGUAACAAGAACCGCAGAGAACCUGUGGGCCAAGAUGCUCUUGGAAUGAAACACAUGCCCAAAACUGUUGAGGAAUCUCUUCUGGGAGAUCAUAGUGAACAGUGGACAGACUCGGACUGCCCUGAAGCAAAAAGGCUUAAGGUGGAGGAGCCAAGCAUGCUCUCAGAUGGUGAAGAUGCAGUGGACUGCAGACAGUGGACCCAGCACCACCUCGCAGCUGCUGACAUCCGUGUGCCGCCCACAAUGGCCCUCACUCCUCCUCAAGGAGAAUUUGAAAGCGACUGCAUGGACGUUAAUGUCCGAGGCCCAGAUGGCUUUACACCUCUCAUGCUGGCAUCGUUCUGCGGAGGAGGCCUGGAACCCGAGGUGGCGGAGGAGGAGGAGAACGAGGAGUGCUCGGCCAACAUCAUCUCUGACCUCAUUUACCAGGGCGCGUCCCUCGCUGCCCAAACAGACCGGACCGGCGAGACGGCGCUCCACUUGGCCGCUCGCUACGCUCGGGCUGACGCCGCAAAGAGACUGCUGGACGCUGGAGCGGACGCCAACGCUCAAGACAACACAGGCCGCACGCCUUUACAUGCCGCAGUGGCUGCAGAUGCACAGGGUGUCUUCCAGAUUCUAAUCCGAAAUCGUGCCACUGAUCUGGACUCCCGUAUGUAUGACGGCUCCACCGCGCUGAUCCUGGCUGCGCGGCUGGCAGUCGAGGGCAUGGUCGAGGAACUCAUUACUUGUCAUGCAGAUGUUAAUGCGGUUGAUGAACUGGGUAAAUCUGCUUUGCACUGGGCUGCUGCGGUUAACAACGUGGAUGCCACCAUUGCCCUGCUGAAGAAUGGAGCUAACAAAGAUAUGCAAGAUCUCAAGGAGGAAACCCCCCUGUUCCUUGCGGCUCGCGAGGGCAGCUGCGAGGCCGUGAAGGUGCUGCUUGCGCACUUCGCAAACCGAGAAAUCACCGACCACAUGGACAGGUUGCCSAGAGACAUCGCUCAGGAGCGCAUGCACCACGACAUCGUGCAGCUYCUCGAUGAGUACAACACAGUAAGGAGCCCGCAGGGCCAUGGAGGGCCUGGACAUCAACUCACCGGGGGGCACACCCUGUCACCACUCAUGUGCCCUCCCACCGCCUUCCUCCCCGGUCUGAAGAGCACCCCGCAGGGCAAGAAGAGCCGUCGGCCCGGGGCCAAGGGUUCCAGCCUGGGAGGCCAGCAUGCUGCUAGCCUGAAGGAGUCGGUGAAGGCUCGCAACAAGAAGCUGACCCUGGACAUGCAGAGUGCCUUACUGGACAGCUCGGUUACGCUGUCCCCAGUCGACUCACUGGACUCGCCCCAUGGGGGAGCUAGCAACGCUGGCUACAUCACCAACCCCACGUCCCCCGUGGCCAUGCAGUCGCCCAUUUUCCACUCCUCCAUGUCUGUCCCGAGCACCCCAAUGGUUCAUAGCAGCAUGCUGGAAGGAGGGGGUCCCUUUGCAGUGUCGCUUGCCCAAAUUAGUGACCUAGGAGCUGGGGGAAUGUCUUUACCAGGCCGCGUCUCRAUGGCUUCAGACGUCAGUCACGGUUACGUGCUGAGCUCUGGCCAGCUGGGGGUCAACAUGGGCAUGGUCAGUCCCGUUAGUGUGCCCUUUGACUGGCACAGCCGCCUGCCCCCCUCCUCCCAGUGUGGUCAGCAGGUCGUGAACAUGGUGCACAGCAGCCAAGCAAGCAUGCAUCCUCAGAGUCCAGCCAUGCAGCAGCAGAGCAUGCUGAUGCACCAGCAGCUGUACUGCAGCCCCAUGCUGCAGCCCACGCCUGUGACCUCCACGCCCGCCAUCAGUCCAGUGAAGCUGCCCUCCAUCGCCGAGCAGCAGCAGCUCAUCAGUCACAGCAUCACCAACCAGCAGAGCAUCGCUCGCAUGAGCACGUCCACUCCACCGACGCCUCAGACCUCGCAGCCCCCGCCGUCGUUCUUCCAGCAGCAGCUGCCCCAGCAGCCCUCUCAGCUGAAGCCCCCCGCUCAGCCCGCCCAGGCCGCCACGUCGGCAGUCCAGCCCGCUCCGGCUCUCCCCUCCCAGCCAAGUGGCAGCACCGCAGGGAACGAGGAUUAUCCAACGCCUCCCUCCCAGCACAGCUUUUCUUCGACGCUAGACGCCACGCCCAAGCAUUACCACAACUUGCCCAGCGAGCAUCCCUAUCUCACCCCUUCUCCAGAGUCUCCUGAGCACUGGUCCAGUCCCUCGCCUCACUGCGUUUCUGAUUGGUCAGAUUCCACACCCAGCCCAGCCGUCGCUGUCCCCAACCAGACCCAAAUUACUCAAAUUCCAGACGCCAAUGGCAAGAUGCAGGUGUUUGCAUGAACAUUCUACGAUCCCUGCCUACAAAAAGACACGGGGUAAAAGAAUCUAUGGACUUGCUUUUGGGCCUGUCUGGGUUUUUAAUGUCAGUCAGUUUCCAAAAUAUUUAUUGGAUUUGGAUUGACAAUGUUUAACAUGAGGACCGUCUGCUUGUGAUUGUUGCAGAGGGGAAAAAAAAGUAAAGGGAAAUAUAUGUUGUCUGAUAAAACAGCAGACAAUUUAAUGAAGUAUUUCUGUCACAGAUAGAUUUGUUUUUUAUGAUAAAAAAAGAAGUAUAUGAAGAAAACCAAGUCUUUAAUUUCAAAGACUUUGGGACACGUUCUGAAAACUAACAAACGUUAUAAAAGUAGWUAAGACAAAAGUGAAAUGUUGAAGGGAAUCCAUUUAUUUUUAUUUAUUGUUUUGAUCUAUCCGAACAGCCUUUUAGUUUAUUUUCUGAUUAUAGCAAACAGCAGCCAAGAUGAUAAAGGGGUUUUAGCAAAUUAACUUCAAGAUUUGCUCUGCAGUAGGGACGUUUGAUAGAACAACGGUAAAUCAUUUCUUCCUAUGAGUAUUAUGAACAAGAAUGUAGAUGAGUGUCUGAAGCACUUCAUUUGAGCUGCCCCUUUGGGCAAGUCUCAGUCAAAUAAAACAUUGGACUACAGUGUAUAUUUAUAAUAUAAGAGGGCAUUUAAUAUUUGUUAAUUUUGCAUUUAAUCUUUAAAAAAAAUCAGCAGAAAGGUUUUUAUGUGCGAUGCUUAAUUUUUUAUAGCUUCUUAUUGUGACACUAAGAUCUUUACUGCCAGUUUUAUUUUCACUGCCAAUUUGGCCUUCAGUUUCCAAGUGUUCUUCGUUCUAUUUAUGGUUCCUUUUUUUUUUUUGGCCUGUAAAAUCAGCACGUCACUGCCCUUACAUUUUAUUUUGUAUUGUUUUAUACUUUGUAUAUAUGUGGAAAUCCAUUCAUACUUUUUUAAAAAAAACAUUUCUUCAGAUGUAUUAAGCUAUGCUUAUAUUUGGCUGCUAUUUUAUAUCAUUCUUUUUCCUCGCAGACAUUCCUUUAAUUUUCCUGUGUUGCUGAGUUUGGACGUGUUGCCCUUAAAGUGACAGAACAGAACGAGACAACAGCCGAAAGGAUUGUUACAAUGGUGUGAAAUGGACUGUUUGCAGAAGUUCAGAUCUUGUUGGUGCUCUCACCUUAUGGUGGUCACUGUGGGUGGGAACCGCUGGACUGGAACUGCUGAUGCCCUGUCACUCCUCAGGGAGGUGUUUUAUGGCAUGCAGAGGGACCGUUCCCCUGCAUCAGCAGUAGAUACCAGUCCAGGAGCCGUGGAGCUACAUCUUACUGUUGUUGUAAAAAAAAGGAGAAUGAGGGGGAGGAAAAACACUACUGUGUAGUGCUGCCCCCACCCAUCCUCUAAUUUUUUUUCUUUACUAAAUUCAGAAACUGUUACUCACAACUAUUAUAUUUCCAAGUAAUCUUAGCAUGUAAGAGAGUUUCCUGUCUCUUUAACACCUUAUGCACAUUUCAGUAAUUUUUGUUGUUGUUUUAUGAUAAAAUGUUGACAGUAACUUUUGCAUUUUCAUCUCAUAAGAAGAGAUGAGGUAGCCCACCACUCCUAGCUACUACUGCGUGGGUUUAAACACUGCCUUUAGUUGUGUCAUAAACUGAGUUUAUCUUUAUGUUGUUUUAUCCUGUUCAUCACAAAAACAGCAAAUGUUCUAUUAGACCUGGGAAGCAUGUUGUUCACUGUCUUAUUUGCAUUUUGCCUACAUGUUAACUUUUUUUAUUUGUCUGUUUGUUCUAAUUUUAUUAUAACUGGUCUUACAAUUUUCCCCACCAGGUCGCACUAAGUGUUUUGUACAUUCACAGUUACAGUUCCUGUUUGUAAAUAUGUUUGUUCUGGGUAGAUCAUUGCUUGAGAAGUCUUAUGUUUCAGAAAUAUUUGUUAUGUACUAAAAAGGACAAAAAUAAAGUGUAUUUCAUUUAGCAUUA